CCCAGUGUUGCAUCGACGCGUGACAGGGUAAGGAUCCGCGGCGUCUGCUGUCGAGGGAAGCAAGGAAAAUAUUCGUAAUAGUUAUCCCUCAACAUCGGCGAGGGCUGUUGGCGUGAGCUUCAGCGCGGUCCAAAUUCCCCGCCAUGGCCUGUUCGCUGAGGAAUAUCAUCAACUUCGGCCUCCUGCUCGCCGUCAUCGACCUGCUGCACGGAAUAGCCACCUGCGCCUUCUACGGCUAUGAGCUGGCCGUCCACUACAGGUGCCACUGGAACCAUGGCAUUCGCUGGUGCCAGUACUACCUCUACCACACAGACCACAGCGUGCGCGUGAACAUCGGCAUCGCGGAGGGCGUCGGCUGCCUCUUCUUCUCCACCAUCCUCAUCAUCGGCCUGUGCAAGUACAAACCCAUCGUGACCUGGAUGUGGCUGCUGAAACCCAUCGCCGUGAUCAUCAUCAACGUGUUCUUCCUGAGCCGCUGGCUGGUGCAGAAGUCCCGCUACUACCACAGCUUCUGGGACCGACACAACUACGACCAGGAUAACGUGUUCAUCUUCGCGGGUCUCGGCCUGACCCUCGUGCAGUUCUUCGUGAUGCUGUUCUUCUUCUGCAUCAACGGCUCCUUCACCUACAAGCACCUGCAGCAGGAGCGCUAUAGGCUUGCAGACCACGUGGCUUGGUCGUCCAGCUUGCCCUUUGAGGGGAGCCACCUUGACCAGGCCGGGACAUGAGGGAGGACCGGGCAGAACCAAAUCCGCAAGCAGCGUGUCCCCACCAUGGAGACUGACAUAUGAACCGGGGUGUAUAAUCUCACCACCAUGGAAACACGCAUUAAGUGAGGCACUGCAUGGUGACCCGCAUGUGAUUCAUCCCCAUUAUUGAGAGAGA